UGCCAUGGCGACGGCUGGAGAUGCGGAGCGCGCCCGCUAUGCAGUACACGGGCAGCACUUACCUCGGGGACCGCAUCCACGGGAGGAUGGAGGGGAAAAGCAAAUACUUUCUCCCAACUGAAACAAGAUACGAAGGUGAAAUGAAGGACGGGAUGUUUCAUGGCAAAGGAACCUUGUUCUUUCCUAAUGGAAGCAAGUAUGAAGCCACUUGGGAUUCUGGCUUAGUCGUAGAGGGGAAAUACAUCUUUGCUGAUGGUCUGGAUUAUAUACCUGAGAAAUGGCAUUACUGCGACAGCUAUGAUAGAAGGUUUUACACUGAGAUCUGUGGCGGGCUGAAGCCAGCAGGUAUCUGUCAGCUCACAAACUUGGACCCCCCUCGAAAUAUCCCUAAGGGCUGUUACGACUGUGGGGACGGGUUCUACAAUCCAGACACCAGAGUGAUCAGAGACUACAGCUUCAGGUUUCUGAGAAAUGCAGAUGAAGAUGAGCAUGAGUGGAUCACCCGGACCUGCCGGAAAGGUUGGGAUGAGAUCAUCGGCUACAAGCCCAAACUUUGACCAGGCGGCUUCUUCCAGAUUCUGAGCCCCAGCUUCAGAGGAUUGACUUUGUUCCUGCCCUUAUGCCUGAAGGCUGAUUGUUUUCAGUAUCCACCAGAAAUAAACG